AAAAAAAAGUUGUCUUCAACUUUCUCAUCUCUUGUUCAAAACCACAUUGCUUAGCAUAGUAGACAUGGAGGACAAAGAUAUUCAAUUGAAUCGGCCUAAACAGCUGAGCAGUGGUCAGAUGGCAUCCUUGGUCUCCUUAUGGCGUCUUUCUCACUAUAAGCAAGCACCAUGGAGCUCUUGGAGUAUCCUCUUUAGCCCACCCCGCGUUCGUCGAUCUAGACCUCGUAUACUUGAGCUGGAUUCAGAAUUUUACGAUGAAAUUAUGGGACAACGGGAGGAAAUACUUAAGCAGAAACAACUUCAACGACACCAGAUCUGGAAACAUGUUCAGGAUCGUGUAGCGGAGCAAAACCGCAUCUUGGAAGAGGAGAAGGCUCAAGAAAAACAACAGCCACAACAACCAGGGCAACAGCAACAACAACAGGGAGCACAGAAAAAGAAAGGGAAGAAUAAACAGCCCAGAAAUGACCCAUUGACCACAGCAUCUAUAACAGCUAUGGAGAUUGACCCGUCUCUGCUUUCACCCACUUCGUCUUCUUCGACUGUAACAUCUGGCUCUGGCUCGCCGGAUUCGUCACCAAAGCGGUCUAUUCGAUGGGGACUUCAUAAUAACAUGAUUAAGAAAUUUGACAAAACCAGACCGAUCACAUUGGUAGCGAUCCCUGCACUAGAUAAACGUCCCGUCAAGAGCGCACUUAAAGUCAGGACAGAACAUACUAUCCAAAAGACAACGAUAACCUAUCAACCAUCCAAGGCAAAGGAUACAAAGGGUACAAAGGAUACAAAGAACGCAAAGGGCAUUACAGUCUCACAAUCUACCAAUACUAGUACUGCCGCUACUACUUCUGCUGAUGCCACUAUCACUACCACCACAACCACUACUACUACUACAGCCACAACCACAGUAGCAACCACUACUUUACCUUCAACAACUGCUGUCAAGGAUCCAGUUACGACUACAACGACACCAACCAUGUUUGCCACUACUACUGCUACUAUGACGAAGACCGGAGUCAAUAAUACCAAUAGCAAACCUCUCAAUGGAUAUCCACCACGCAAACGCGCUGUUGACUUCUUUUGAAAUAUAUAUUUAUUCUUUUUCUUUCUUUCUUUAUUACUUUAUUCAUUCCUUUCUUUUUUUUAUUUUAUUUUAUUUUAUUUUAUUUUUUUUUUGUACUUGGAAGUAGAGGAAAACAAAUAAAUGCAUACAGCUCUGAUGACUAG